AAGUAUGUGUAGAUGUGUCUUUCAUGGUAAGAAUGUGUCUACACAUCCAAAAUGUGUCUCUUUAAGCUAAAUGUAAUAUCUAAAAAUAAUUAUUUCAAAUAUGAAAGUUGUGGCCAUUCAUAUAGAAUUUUGAGAGACUAUAAAUAGUUUAUUUCUAUAUAUAUAAGUAAUUCAUUAUAAAUUUUAGUUAUUUUAUAAUAUUAUAUAUUUAUAAAUUAUGGCAAUUAUUGGUGAUUAUAGACUUUGGUGAUGAACAAUUAUAACAUUGGAACUUUUGGUAAUGAUAUAUUCUGGUGAUGAACCAUUAUAAAUUUUGGUGUUAACAAUACUCUUAUGUAACUAUUGUGAUGUUUGGCUGUUAACGUUGCAACUUUUAACUUUUUGUAUAGGAAGUUAAGAUAAUUGGCAAAUCAUAAUUAAAAAUUGUUAAAAAUAUAGAUGUGUUUUUAACAUCAUCUCUAAAAUGUAUUAGUUUUAAGAGUAGUGUCUUUUUAAUUAGUUUUAAAAAAGAUUAAAAUAUCCAAAAUGUGUUUCUAAAAAUUGAAUAGUUGUGUCUUUUCAUUAUGCAAUAAGGUGUUUUUUUUUGUAAUGAUGUGUAUAUUCAAAAUAUAUUGUAAAUAUAUUAUCUUACAAUAAAUAUAUCUCGAAUUUAAAAAUUGUAACUAUUCAUAUAGUUCUUUGCAAAACUAUAAAUAGGUCAUAUCUAUAAGUUUUUUAUUGUAAAUCUUUCAGUGAAGAAAACAGGUUAUGUGUAGUUAACUGAUUACAAAUUUUUGAAUAUUUUCAGAUGAAAUGUUGUCAACAAAGGAUAAUAGGAAGGAUCAUUCAUGUUUGGAUAGCAAAAAAAAAUCUAAAACAAAAUAAUGAAAUUAUUAGUCUUAAUUUUCUUCUAUCAGAUGAAAAGGUGUGUUUUUUUUUACUUCAAUUAGUCGUCAUAAGCUACCUUAUUAAUUUAGAAAAUGAUUAAAUUUGAAUGUGUUUACUUUUAGUUAGUUUCAGUUGUUUUUGAUAUUCCUAAAUAAUUUAGCUAAACAGAUAAUAAGACAUAUAUCUUAUCUAAUAUUGACAUAUUUGUAAUUUUAAUACAACCAACCUACAAACAAAAUAUAUAUUUUUAAUAUCCCAAAAGUCAAUUAUAUAAUUUUGCUUUUCUUUAUAAAAUGAGUUCACGUGCGAUAUCGCACGGGUUCUUUACCUAGUAUUAAUAAUACUAAUUUGAUAAAAACACUGGUUUUCCAGUACUCCCCAAAUUUUUGGACCAGCUUCACGCAUUACAAACCAAUAAAGAUUGGAACAACAAACCAAUAAAUUCAAGGAGACCAUUUUUUUAAAAAAUAUGUUCAUUUAGCUAACUAUAAAAAUAUUUGAUUUUGUUUUGCCACCUUUUUUAAAAGGAAACUGCGAAAGUAUUUAUUUUUUAUUUUUAUUAACCCCCUCCAAAAAAAUACGUUUCAAAAUCGACGGCUGAUAUAUGAAACAAGCGUUUCAUAUAGUUGACUGAUGACAAAAGUCUGCAACUGCGUUUCGAUAAAGCGGAUUGAUUCGCUUCUUCUCCCAACAUUCCUGAGAAACCAAGAAAAGCGAAUCUAAAGUUAAAGAUGGCGAUGAAGAAGGCUAAAGAGAUCGUUUCCAGCAAUGUUGUCGUUGUUUUCAGCAAGUCGUAUUGCCCAUACUGUGUGAAAGUGAAAGAUCUUUUGAAGAAACUGGGAGCUAAAUUCAUCGCAGUUGAGCUCGACAAAGAAAGUGAUGGUGCCCAAGUUCAAUCAGCUCUUGCAGAAUGGACAGGACAACGCACCGUUCCCAAUGUAUUCAUAGGUGAAAAACACAUCGGUGGCUGCGAUUCGGUAACCAACUUGCACAGAGGCGGUAAGUUGGUUCCUCUGUUAACUGUGUCCAAACCAAGUUCAAAAAUCCGGUCCAGUAUCACAAAAGCCCGACAAGGAGAUAAUAUGCCCACGGAAGUUGAAGGUCCGUCCCGAGCUAGGAAGACAAGCCACACUGAACUGACACGGUCAAAGCAAAAACAUAAAGGAGGUCGGGACAUUAAAUAUGAUUUUAAAGACACUUGAUACUUGCCAAAGAUCACGUCACCAUUAUGAUCGAUUACUUUUGUACUCUUAUUCUCUGAUACCCCAGAGUCACCAUUGUUGUAUCACUUGUGUGAGAAAAGAAAUUCAAAAAAAUGAAUGUUUAAAAUUGUUUGUUUUAAGAAAUCUUCAUUAGAGUUCUUCA